GGUCGUCCAAUAGCGCCGGUCGGUAUUAAUCAAACGAACGGGUGCGCGCGCGAUGUCAUUUGUUUGUGUGAUCCCAAGUCGUGAUCUUGUUAGUGUCUCGUUUUGGAAUUAUCGCAUCGUUGUCGUCGCCGUCGUCGUAGAAGUCGCGUGUAAUUAAAAGAACUUCUUGUUCAAAGUGUAUCAACGGGGUUGCGGUUAAUUGUAUGCUAAGUGAAGUGAUUGCUAGCUUUAGUAACGAUAGUAAUUACAGUACACGGGACUUGGUGUGUAUCAGGGUUUGUUUUAGGAUCGAUAUAAACUAUUUCAUAGCGUUCGAUAAAGAUUCUAUAAGGAAUUGACAACAUUUUUGAGUUAUUUUCUAAAAGGUUUCCAUUCUCACAAAGUGAUGUCACUAGCCUAACCUGUUUCACGUGCAGCGCGUGGUCAGACGCAUCUGGCAUUGACCAUGAAAAGAUUCGUUUGUUAAUUUUGGAAUGACAUCAGCUUUGUUGGUCUAUUAAAACAUGCAUGGGCGAUUUAAAUUCUGCGCCAAGGUCGUUCUAUAUCUUGAUAUUUUAGUGUACUAGAGAGUUAUAAAAUGCAAGAUAAGUUAACUUAUCUCGAAAGGGUACAAGUGCAAUCCCGGUCCUUUAAUCGAGUCGGUUGAUUAAGUGGUUUUGUGCAAAUACGAUGCAAAUUGUCAGGUCCAGUUUCCUCCGAUCACAACGACUCGUUGACCACUCUGAUCUCUGCGCUGUGUAGUACAGUUUCAUUUGAGCAGGCAAUCAAUUCGGACCAAAAGUUGACCUCACACCUGAACUCUCGCUCCAGAAGUGAUCUUCAACGACUCAAUAUUCUACAGAGAACAGUGAUUGUGAAUGCUCUGAAGGUGUUUUAUUCUAGUGGUAAUUCUCGUUAAAUUGCAUCGAAACCUACAAUUAAUCUAAAACUACAACAUCAUCUCGUGCUGCUGGAAUCGUGCCCAACAUUAUGGGAAACAAGCUGAGCAGCUGUUCUACUGCCAACUGUGAAGAACCUUGCGGAUGUUGUGGAAGCUGCUGGGCAUCGUCGUGGAAACCCGGUGAAGCUGGUGCGGACGAAAUGGAUAAAGAACACCGGAGAUGGUUGCUCCGAAGAGGAAACCCGCUGGCGAAACCAGUGAUGGAACUCCGCAGCUGGGAUGAAGUUGAUUCUCCGUCUUCGGAUGUGCUCACCAUCAAAUCGGUGGAUCUUUGUAUCGAGGAAAAUGGAAAAUCCCACCACACCAAGCGGUACGAGUUGAUGACCCGCGAUGGUCAGUACGGAGCCCCGGCAGCGUUGGUGGUCCGAAGGGGUCAAGCGUUUCGGUUGCGACUUACGUGCGAUCGUCCGUUCGAUCGCAGUCGCGACGCGAUGAGUUUGAUCUUCACCGUCGAUCAGGACGAGAGGCCAACGCACGGGCAUGGCUCGCUGGUGGGAGUGGCGCUGCAGCAGUACCGGCACCGGAUCGAGGAUCCGCUGGAGUGGGGUGCGGCGAUUGAUUUCAUCGGCGGUGAUGUGCUGGAGAUCUUGGUGAAGCCGGCGGCGAACGCGUUGGUCACCAAGUGGAAACUGGACUUUGACACGAAGCUGCUGAGUGAGGGGUUCGGGAAGAGUUACUCGCUGCCGCAGCCGUUUUACUUGCUGUUUAAUCCUUGGUGUAAGGACGAUCAAGUGUAUCUGGAAGACAAGGCCCUUCGGGACGAGUGCGUUAUGAAUGAUACCACUUUGAUCUGGAGAGGUUCGUACAACCGGCUGCGUCCUUCGGUCUGGAAGUUUGGCCAGUUUGACAAACACGUGCUGGAUUGUUCGCUGCUGUUGAUCGCGAAGGUGGGCAAGGUAAGUGCAACCCAUCGUGGUGAUCCGAUUCGGGUGUGUCGUGCCAUAUCGGCUGCGGUCAACUCUCCGGAUGACGACGGAGCACUGCUGGGCAAUUGGAGUGGAGACUUUUCCGGCGGGAUCGCACCGACCAAGUGGGUCGGAUCGGUUGAGAUUCUGCAGCAGUUUUACAAGAAGCAAAAGCCGGUGAAGUUUGCACAGUGCUGGGUGUUUGCCGGGGUCGUUUCGACAAUUGCACGAGCGAUCGGAAUUCCGUCGCGGGUGAUCACCAACUACUCGUCGGCGCAUGACACGCAAGCUUCGCUCACCGUGGAUUAUUUCGUGGACAAAAAUGGUAAAAUUAUGGAGGAAAUGAACUCGGACUCGAUAUGGAACUACCACGUGUGGAACGAGGUCUGGAUGCAGCGGCCGGACUUGGGUAUUGGUUCGGACGGGGACUACGGAGGCUGGCAGGCGAUCGAUUCUACGCCGCAGGAAAUGUCCGACGGGAUGUUCCGUUGUGGGCCGGCUUCAGUCUUGGCUGUCAAGCUGGGUGAGAUCGCCAAGCCGUACGACAACAACUUUUUGUUUGCGGAGGUCAACGCCGAUAAGGUGUUCUGGAGGUACACUGGUCCGGCUCAUCCACUUAAGUUGAUUCGGAAGGAUGUUUUUGGGAUUGGACACUUUAUCAGUACGAAGGCCGUUGGCAAGUGGGAGCGAGAAGAUAUCACAAGUAGCUACAAAUUUGCUGAGAAAUCGCAAGAAGAACGAGACACGAUGUUGAAGGCGCUGAAGCAGGCAAACAGUGCCUUUAGCAGAUAUUAUCUGAACGAGGACUUCAACGAAGUCUAUUUCAAUUUUGAACUGAGGGAUGAUAUCAAAAUCGGGGAAGCAUUUUCAGUGAUCCUUCAAAUCAAGAACCGAUCGUCGGAAACCCCUCACACAGUAAACGGCUAUCUGAACGUCGAAACAGUAUUGUACACCGGCAAGCAGCGAGAGUUUGUCAAAAAGCAUCCCUUCACCAUCAGCUUGGAUCCCGCCUCCGAGGAAUUCAUCCGCAUGGAGGUCUCCUUCGACGAGUAUUACAAAAAGCUGCGCGAUCAAGCCGCGUUCAACAUUUCGUGCUUCGCCACGGUUGAAAACACCGAGUACGAAUUCUUCGCCCAGGAUGACUUCCGCGUGCGCAAACCGGACAUCAAAAUUAAACUCGCCGACACGCCGGUCUCGCAGAGUCCGGUGGAGGUGACGAUUGCACUGCUGAACCCACUGCCAAUUCCGCUGCGGAAGGGAAUCUUUCACGUGGAGGGAUCGGGCAUUGAGAAGCCGCUGAUUUUCAAGCACCCGGAAGUUGCCGUUGACGAGACGAUCAGCAAUACGUUUGUGCUGACUCCGCCGUUUGCUGGACGGGGAACGAUCGCUGCCAAGUUUACAUCCAGGGAACUGGACGACGUGGAUGGGUUUGUGGCGUUUGAGGCUAAACCGCGACCAGAGGAUGUCCUCAUGGAGACCGGUGACAACGAAGUCAUCGAACGGACGGAUAUCAUCGAUUGAGCUUGCCAGGUAUUUCUCUUUUUUUUCAUUAAAGUGUGUUCAUGAAAAGUUUUUAAAUAUUUUAUUG